AUGUCACUCGAUGACCCCCGUGUAGAAUGGAUAAGAGACCGUGUGUGUGCCUCUUUUUAUCUGCAAAAACUAGACAGUUUUGAGGACUUGUUGAGUCGAGGGGAUGGCGAGGAAGCGCAGAAGAUCAUUCGUUUUCUGAACGAGGUGACUGAGGAUGAGUCUGCCUCAGCGCUGCUUUUCUAUAAAGAGAUAAGGGAGGAAGAGGUUGAAAUCGAAAUCCCAAUUGAUCCGCCAGAGGUUGAGAAGCCAGAGGGUGAUAUUGAUAUUGAUAAGGAUAAGGAUAAAGAUAAGGAUAUUGACGCAGCCAACCAGCCAACCACCACCGAAACCCCCGCCACAGAAACGGAAAUAGAGAGUGAGGCUGCAGAAAAGAAGAAUGGUGGGGAGUCAGAGGACUCAGGUGUCUCUGAGGUUGAGAAAAGGGUGUCCCCAAGCACUGCAGAUAAUGCUGAGACUCCCACCCCAAGUACUGAUGCCACCUCCAAGUCUGAAAAAGAAGUGGACAGGCCACCCCCUACAAGGACAGAGGUUCAGGUAGUGUACCACACGGAGCUUCAUGUGGCUGUGAACAUUGUCCCUGAGAGGUUCUCAAAGUCCAGUAUCUUCUACUUCCUCAGAAAUACAAAAGAAACCAUCAUUGAGCCCCUAGAUAUGACAGAAGCCAACAAUGUGAUGCCCAAACUACUGGAGACCGGAAUGCUCACAGGACACCCCUUACUGAUGCUGGAGGAAAUUCUGAACCAUGUGUACAUUCCAAUGCUGUCAGUGAACCAGCUGAAGACCGCUGAUGGUGGCUCUGAUCAGGCGGACCAGGUGGCCCAGGAGAAGGAGGGUGGUGAGGAGCUGCAGGCAAACAAAGAGGAGAGACCGACAGAGUCCAGGGGGAUCCGCAUGAUCCGGGACGAGCUGCUAAACACCACUCACAAAUUCCUUGGACACAUCGACUGGACUCUCCAACAGCUCGAAGGUGAAAUCAAGCUGCAUAUCCCAGACCUGGACUUGGAGCCAGAGGUGAACGUGCUGUUGUCCAUGCCGGAUGUGGUGGAAAAACUGGAGCAGUGUGUGAUGAACUGGCAGACCCAGAUCACCAUUGUUAUUGAGGAGCUGCAGAAGAAGAAGCCACAGGCUCCAGGGCCAAUGGCAGAGAUUUACUUCUGGCGGGAGAGGACGGCCAUCCUGAGUGCUCUGAAUGAGCAGCUGAAGCUGCCUGUGGUGAAGAAAAUCUUGGAGGUGAUGGCCCAGGCUGACCCAGUGACCAUGGAGAACCUGGACCAGACCAUGACGGACCUCAGCAAGUACCACGUGGAGUCAGUGGAGAACGUGCGCUUCCUUAGCACAUUGGAGAGACACUUCAAGAACAUGGCCACAGGGGUGGAUUUCGGCGUGAUCCUAGACACCAUCACACCGAUGAUGAACGGCCUGCGCAUGGUGUGGAUCAUCUCCAGCCACUACAAUAAGGAUGAGCGCAUGGUCCCCCUCAUGGAGCGCAUUGCCUGGGAGCUGUCUGAGCGGGUGGCCCGCGUGGUUAAUGUGCACACCCUUUUCAAAGAGAAGAGAGAGGUGGCAAAGGCAAAAGCCCUGGGAGGUAAGGAGGUCCUGGACAAGUGGAAGUCCUGCUACUUCGAGAUGAGAUCCAUGAUUGAAACAUCGGGCCGGGACCCACGAUGGGAGUUUGACCGUAGAAAGUUGUUUGAGAAGACGGACUACAUGGCCUCCAUUUGUCAGGACUUCUACAACAUUCUGCAGAUUCUGGAGGAGUUCUACAACAUUUUCGGCCCGGAGCUGAAAGCGGUCACGGGAGACCCAAAGCGCAUUGAUGACGUGCUAUGCUGGGUGGACAGCCUGGUGGUUCCAAUGGAGGAGCUCAGCUUUGAUCCUUUCAACAUCCGCAAGAUGAGCAGCUGGAAGGAGGUCAUGCAGGAGUUCAGGUCCAAAGUGGAGGUGAGAACUAUAGAAGAAGAGGCUAUCCAUUUCAUAGACGACUCCUUCAAGACUCUGCGCUCGGCAACGGCUGCCUUCGAUAUGCUCUUGAAGUUCAAGCACAUUCGCUCCAGGGAAGCCAUAAACAAGAAAAUGAUGAAGAAGUUCAAUGAUAUCUUGGUGCAGUACCGCAAAGAGGUGGACAUCAUCAACGAGUUGUUUGAACAAAACAAGCACAAUCCCCCGCUGAGCAAGAACCAGCCCCCGGUGGCAGGAGCCAUCUAUUGGGAGCGUGCACUCUUCCAACGCAUAAAAAACACCAUUCUCCGCUUCCUGGAGGUGCCGGAGAUGAUGGAGAGUGAGGAGGGCAAAGCGGCCAAAGCCAGGUACCUUGAGGUAGCCAUGAGCAUGAAGGACUACGAGGUGAAGAAGUUUGAGAAAUGGAGGGAUGAGACAGAGGACAGGCUGCCCUUGCUGAUGAAGAGGAACCUGCUGGUCAUGACCAACAACACGAAGAUCACCGCUGGAGACCAGACCACCACCAGCCAGAGGGGGGUCCGCUACAAGGUGAACUUUGCCCCUGAGUUGAAGGAGAUCAUCUCGGAGACCAAGUACCUGGAGCAGCUCGGCUACCCGGUGCCCAAACUGGCUCGCAAUGUAGCCCUUCAGGAGGUCAAGUUUAUAAGGUAUGUGAAUGGGCUGAAAAACCUGGUGAACCACCACCAUGAACUGAUGGACUCCCUCAAUGAUGCUGAGUUCAACCUGUUGACUGAGCAGAUCACUGAGCUGAGGAGAGUGAUGAGCUCUGGGCACAGGAGACUCAACUGGAAUGCCUUGGGUAUCUGGGAAUAUAUGAAUCGUUGCACUCAAGCCACUUCCAAGUUUGAGUCAUUAGUGAACCAGAUUCUGAAGAAUGAAAGGGAUAUUGAUAUCAAACUGCAGGCCAUUGACUCUGCCGAUCUGUUCAAACUCCCAGUCAUGGAUAAAGGGGAUGACCUCCCAGGGGUAAAGAAAUUCUGUGAGCUUAUCGAGAGUGAAAGGGCAAAGGACGUGAACUUGCUGAGUAGAAAGUACACUGCCAUAAGCCCCUUGCUGACCAAGAUGGAGAGCCUGAUCAUGCAUACCAACACUGGCAAGGCCAAGCGAAUGACCUACUACUAUGCCUACUGGGAGAAGAAGGUCUUUGAUGCCCUCAUAAAGAUGGUGGUGAGGAACAUCCAGACUUUCAAUGCCGCCCUGAUGGGUAAUGUUCCACUAUUUCGAAUUGAAACAAUUCUGUCUGUCCCAGACAUUAUCUUGAACCCCAAAAACAGCGAAGUGUACAAACUCAUCAUGCACUGUGUCAGAGACUGCGUAACAAGCACUAAGAAAUUUGUGCGCUGGAUGCAUGGAACCUGCAUUGAGUGCCCCCCCCAGAAUGUGGAGGGUGAGGAUGAGCCUGUGGUGUUAAGCUUCUACGGGGACGUGUCCCAGCACCCCCUGGUCAACGAGCGGGCGAUGGCCGUCUCACAGAACGUGCACCGCCUGCUCAGCUCCGUGGGCGUCUACCUCAACCGCUGGAAGAGGUACCGCCCCCUCUGGAAGCUGGACAAGGCUAUCGUCAUGGAUAAGUUUGCCUCCAAGAGGCCCUCCUGCGUUCUGUACGACGAGAAGCUGCAGUUCUACACCCGGGUCAGCCACGAGGUGGCGCUGCAGGCGCUGGUGAAGAACGAGCACUGCAUUCGGCUGAACCUGCAGCCCCUGGCCCGCGCCGUGCAGGAGCACGCCCAGGCCUGGGUCAGCUCGCUGGGGCGGCUGCUUGACGAGUCCGCUCGGGAGGCCCUCUACAGCCUCCGCAAUGAGCUGCAGCAACUGUCAGAGAAUCUGAAAAAGAGCCCUGACACAUUGGAGGACCUCAAAUUUGUGCUGGGCACAAUCUCAGACAUCCGAGCCAUGUCUCUUGCUGUGGAGAUGAGGUUCAGAGACAUCCAGGAGAGGUACAGGACCCUCAAAAUUUACAAUGUGGAGGCCCCACAGGAAGAGCUGGAUAUGGCAAAUAGCAUCGGCCAGCUGUGGCUUGACCUGUUUGCUGAGGCUCGGACAGUGGAUCGCAGUCUGGGGCGUGUCAAGCUGACCUUCACUGAAAUCACGAAAAAGCAGAUUGAUGAUUAUAAGGAGGAGGUGGCAGUGUUUGCAGAGAGCUUCAACGUCUCGGGACCAGGGGCAGUGGGAGACAACCUGGAUGAGGGAAUGAGACUAAUGUUGACCUACGAGAAGGAGCUGGCACAGGUUGAAUCUGGCCGCCAGGAGCUCGCCAACGCAGAAAAACUCUUUAGCCUCCCCAUCACCAUGUACCCGGAGCUGGUCAGCGUGCAGAAGGAGAUGAUAGGCCUGCGGCAGAUCUACGAGAUCUACAAAGAAUACAAAGUGGCCAAGACAGAGUGGUCCCAGACGCUGUGGGCGAAUCUGAACACACAGCUGCUGCAGGAGGGCAUUGAGGGCUUCAUUAAGAACCUGCGCAAGCUGCCCAAGGACGUGCGCUCCCUGCCUGUGGCCUUCUUUCUCGAGGGUCGCAUGAAGGAGUUCAAGGACUCACUGCCCCUGCUGGUUGACCUGAAGGAUGAGGCCUUGAGAGACAGACACUGGAAGGAGCUGAUGGAGCGGACCGGCACUAAUUUUGAGAUGAAUCCUGAAACGUUCACCCUGGAGAACAUGUUUGCCAUGGAGUUGCACAAGUAUGGGAACGUCAUCGGAGACAUUGUUACAUCUGCUGUCAAGGAGCUCAGCAUUGAAAAGGGUGUGAAGGAGGUGGUGGACACCUGGGAGAACAUGAGGUUCAGCGUGCAGCGCUACUUCAAAGGCACACAGGAGCGCGGCUCCAUCCUAGGGGCUGUGGAUGAGAUCCUGCAGAACCUGGACGACAACGCCAUGAACCUGCAGAGCAUGGCCGGCAGCCGCUUCGUAGGGCCCUUCCUGGGCACCGUACAGGAGUGGGAGAAGAACCUGUCCCUCAUCAGUGAGGUCAUUGAGGUGUGGAUGCUGGUGCAGCGCAAGUGGAUGUACCUGGAGAGCAUCUUCAUCGGAGGAGACAUCCGCUCGCAGCUGCCCGAGGAAGCCAAGAAGUUUGACAAUAUUGACAAAACGUUCAAGAAGAUCAUGAUGGACACGGGUAAGGAUCCGGGGAUUAAGAAGUGCUGCCUGGUGCCGAACAGGCUUUCGGACCUGCAGAGUCUCAGCGAUGGGCUGGAGCGCUGCCAGAAGAGCUUGAACGACUACCUGGACUCCAAGCGCAAUGCCUUCCCCAGGUUCUUCUUCAUCUCCGAUGACGAGCUGCUCAGUAUCCUGGGCAGCAGCGACCCCACCUGUGUCCAGGAGCACAUAAUCAAGAUGUACGACAACAUCGGGUCACUGCGGUUCGAGGAAGGGCCAAAUGGAGAGGUCUUGGCCGCGGCCCUGGUCUCUGCAGAGGGGGAGACGAUGGACCUGAGGGAGCCCAUCCCAGCUGAUGGACGUGUGGAGGACUGGAUGACGGGGGUGCUGCAGGAGAUGAGGAAGACAAACCGACUCAUAACCAAGGAGGCCAUUUACUCUUACUGUGAGGACAGGAGCAGGGUGGACUGGAUGCUGCUCUACCAGGGCAUGGUGGUGCUGGCCGGCAACCAGGUGUGGUGGACGUGGGAGGUGGAGGACGUCUUCAACAAGAUCAAGAAGGGCGAGAAGCAGGCGCUCAAGAACUACGCCAAGAAGAUGCACGAGCAGAUCGACGAGCUGGUGACCCGCAUCACGCAGCCCAUGAAGAAGAACGACCGGCGGAAGAUCAACACCGUCCUCAUCAUUGAUGUCCAUGCCAGGGACAUCGUGGACACGUUUGUCAGAGACAGUAUCAUGGACGCCCGCGAGUUUGAGUGGGAGAGCCAGCUGCGUUUCUACUGGGUCCAGGAGCCUGAUGACCUCUUUGUGCGGCAGUGCAGUGCCACCUUCUCCUACGGCUAUGAGUACAUGGGGCUGAACGGCCGGCUGGUCAUCACCCCGCUAACCGACCGCAUCUACCUCACGCUCACACAGGCCCUGUCCAUGUACCUGGGUGGAGCCCCUGCUGGGCCCGCUGGCACAGGGAAAACGGAGUCCACCAAAGACCUGGCCAAGGCCUUGGGCCUUCUGUGCGUGGUCACCAAUUGUGGGGAGGGGAUGGACUACAUGGCCAUGGGGAAGAUCUUCUCUGGUCUGGCGCAGUGCGGGGCUUGGGGCUGCUUCGAUGAGUUCAACCGCAUCGACGCCUCCGUGCUGUCCGUCAUCUCCUCACAGAUCCAGACCAUCCGCAACGCACUCAUCCUGCACCUCAAAACGUUCCAGUUUGAAGGGCAGGAGAUCUCCAUGGACGACCGUAUGGGCAUCUUCAUCACCAUGAACCCUGGGUAUGCGGGGCGCACGGAGCUGCCUGAAUCGGUCAAGGCCCUGUUCCGUCCCGUAGUGGUCAUCGUCCCUGACCUACAGCAGAUCUGUGAGAUCAUGCUCUUCUCCGAGGGCUUCCUCAUGGCCAAGAUUCUGGCCAAGAAGAUGACAGUGCUGUACAAGUUGGCUCGGGAGCAGCUGUCCAAGCAAUUCCACUAUGACUUUGGCCUGCGGGCACUGAAGUCUGUGCUGGUUAUGGCGGGUGAGCUGAAGAGAGGUUCCCCCGACCUGAACGAGGAUGUGGUUCUGAUGCGAGCCCUGAGGGACAUGAACCUGCCCAAGUUCGUGUUUGAAGACGUGCCCCUGUUCCUGGGCCUGAUCUCAGAUCUGUUCCCCGGGCUGGACUGCCCCCGUGUGCGCUACCCCAGCUUCAACGAUGCCGUUGAGCAGACCCUGCAGGAGAACCAGUACAUCAUGCUGGCCAACCAGGUGGACAAAGUGGUGCAGAUGUAUGAGACCAUGAUGACCAGACACACCACCAUGGUUGUGGGUCCCACAGGAGGGGGGAAGUCUGUGGUCAUCAACACACUUUGCCAGGCCCAGACCAGGUUGGGGUUGGUGACAAAACUGUAUUGCCUGAACCCCAAGGCCAUGAGUGUGAUUGAGCUCUAUGGAAUUUUGGAUCCUGUCACUCGGGACUGGACUGAUGGGAUCCUGUCUAACAUUUUCCGGGACAUCAACAAGCCCACUGACAAAAAAGAAAGAAGAUACAUACUGUUUGAUGGGGAUGUGGACGCCCUCUGGGUGGAGAAUAUGAACUCUGUAAUGGAUGACAACAAGCUGCUGACCCUGGCCAAUGGGGAGAGGAUUCGCCUGCAGAGCCACUGUGCCUUGCUGUUUGAGGUUGGAGACCUGCAGUAUGCCUCCCCUGCCACUGUCUCUCGUUGUGGGAUGGUGUUUGUGGACCCAAAAAACCUGCGCUUCGCCCCCUACUGGCAGAAGUGGGUCAACAACAGACACCCAAAGGAGCAACCAGAGCUGAACAAGCUGUUUGAGAAGUAUGUGCCCAGCACCAUUGACAUGAUAGUGGACGGAAUCGUGGAUGGCAAGCAGGGGGAGAAACUGAAGACCAUUGUUCCACAGACUGACUUAAAUAUGGUGACGCAGCUGACCAUGAUGCUGGACGCCCUGCUGGACGAAGAGGGUCUGGAAGCUGGUGUGCUGGAGUGUUUCUUCCUGGAGGCCAUGUGCUGCUCGCUGGGGGGCUCUCUGCUCGACGCUGGGAAGCUCAAGUUUGACGAGUUUAUUAAGCGUAUAUCCUGCUUGACCGCUGUCCAUGACGAGAACACCCUCGCAGGCCCCGGGGAACUGCCAGGAAGUCUGCCGACUCUCUAUGAUUUCCAUUUUGAUGGUCAGCAGAAGAAGUGGGUGCCCUGGAGCGCACUGGUCCCCACAUACAUCCAUAACACUGAAGUCGAGUUCAUAGACAUCCUGGUCCCCACAGUGGACACUACUCGUGCUAGCUGGCUACUGGAGCAGAUGGUGAAAAUCAAGCGGCCUGUUGUGCUGGUGGGGGAGUCCGGCACCUCCAAAACGGCUACCACACAGAACUUCCUGAAAAACCUCAACACGGACACCACUAUGAUGCUGACAAUCAACUUCUCCUCACGUACCACAUCCAUGGACCUGCAAAGGAAUUUGGAGGCCAAUGUUGAGAAGAGGACCAAGGAAACAUACGGCCCUCCGAUGGGCAAGAGGUUGUUGGUCUUCAUGGAUGACCUCAACAUGCCACGGGUGGACGAGUAUGGCACCCAGCAGCCCAUAGCCCUGCUUAAGCUGCUCCUGGACCGGGGGGGCAUGUAUGAUAGGGGGAAGGAGCUAAACUACAAGAUCCUGAAAGAUCUGGGCUUCAUGGCUGCCAUGGGGAAGGCUGGAGGGGGGCGCAAUGAGGUGGACCCCCGCUUCAUCUCGCUGUUCAGCGUCUUCAACAUCCCUUUUCCCGAGGAGGAGGCCCUGCACCACAUUUACUCCUCCAUCCUCAAUGGCCACACCACGUCAUUUGAGGACUGUAUACAAAACAUUUGUGACAAGCUGACCUUCUGCACGCUUGAGCUGUACAAGAGCAUCAUUAAGGACCUGCCUCCAACACCCUCCAAAUUCCACUACAUCUUCAACCUGAGGGACCUCUCCAGGGUCUAUAAUGGCCUUACUCUGACCAACAGUGAGCGAUUCCCGGAAGUAAACCAGUUUGUGCGCGUGUGGAGGAAUGAGUGUUUGCGAGUGUUCCACGACAGGCUUAUCAACGAAACUGACAAAAUGCUCGUCCAGGGUCACAUUAAGAACCUGGUACAGGAGCACUUUCCAUCUGACCUAGAGUACGUCAUGAGGGAUCCCGUCCUGUUCGGAGACUACAGGAAUGCCCUGGUUGAGUCAGAGCCACGUGUCUAUGAGGAUAUCCAGGACUACGAAGCAUCCCAUGCCUUAUUCCAGGAAAUCAUGGAGGAGUACAAUGAGACCAAGGCCCACAUGAACCUCGUUCUGUUUGACGACGCUCUGGAACACCUGACCCGUGUGCACCGCGUCAUUCGCAUGAACCGUGGCCACGCCCUUCUGGUGGGGGUGGGAGGUUCCGGCAAGCAGUCCCUCACCAAGCUAGCUGCAUUCACCGCAGGCUGUGAGGUGUUUGAGAUCACGCUGAGCCGAGGCUACGCUGAGUCCAACUUCCGCGAUGACCUGAAAACCCUCUACCUGAAGCUGGGCAUUGAGAACAAGAAGACGGUGUUCCUCUUCACGGAUGCCCACGUGGCUGAGGAGGGCUUCCUGGAGCUCAUCAACAACAUGCUCACUUCAGGUAUGGUGCCAGCUCUGUUCCCUGACGAUGAGAAGGAGUCUGUCUUGAAUCAGGUCCGUGACGAGGCCAUGAAAAUGGGUGCCGGCCCAUCCAAGGAGAGCGUCUGGCAGUACUUUGUGAACAAGAGCGCCAACAACCUACACAUUGUGCUGGGCAUGUCACCAGUGGGAGACACACUAAGGACACGCUGCAGGAAUUUCCCAGGGCUGGUGAACAACACUGGGAUUGACUGGUUCUUGCCCUGGCCACCUCAGGCACUGCUUGCUGUGGCACAGUCCUUCCUUGGUGAGAAUCCAAUGAUCCCCGCCUCACACUUGGAUGCAGUGAUCAACCACGUGUGCAUGGUGCACAGCUCUGUUGGAGACUACAGCAAGAUGUUCCUUCAGAAGCUGCGUCGCAGUAACUACGUAACCCCAAAGAACUACCUGGACUUCAUCAGCACUUACUCCAGCUUGCUGGAAGACAAGGAUAUGUACAUCCUGGCUCAGUGCAAGCGUCUGGAGGGGGGUCUGGACAAGCUGAAGGAGGCCAGUGUGCAGCUGGAAGAGCUGAAUACAAAGCUAGCCGACCAGAAGGUGGUGCUGGCUGAGAAAUCUUCCGCCUGCGAGAUCCUCCUUCAGGAAAUUUCCACCAACACCGCUGUUGCGGAGGAAAAGAAGGCAAUGGCUGAGGAUAAGGCCAAAGAGAUUGAGGAGCAGAACAAAGUGAUUGCUGUGGAGAAGAAAGACGCUGAGAGCUCGUUGGCAGAGGCCCUGCCUGCCCUGGAGGCUGCCCGCAUGGCCCUGCAGGACCUGGAAAAGUCUGAUGUCACUGAGAUCAGAUCAUUUGCAAAGCCACCCAAGCAGGUGCAGGCCGUGUGCGAGUGCAUCCUGGUGAUGCGCGGCCACAAGGAGAUCAGCUGGAAGGCCGCCAAGGGUAUGAUGUCAGAGGCCAACUUCCUGAGAUCGCUUAUGGAAAUGGACUGCGAUUCUAUCAACUCUAAUCAGGUCAAGACUGUCAAAGGCUUCCUGAAGAGCCUCAACACCACCUUCGAGGAAAUGCAGGCUAUCAGCAAGGCUGGUUCUGGGAUGCUCAAAUUUGUAGAGGCUGUGAUGGGCUACUGCGAUGUGGCCAAGGAGAUCAAGCCCAAGAGAGAGCAGGUUGCACGGCUGGAGAAGAACUUCUUCCAGAGCAAGAGGGAGCUGGAGCGGAUCCAGGAAGAGCUGGGUGCCAUUCAGAAGGAGCUGGGGGCGCUGGGGGACAAGUACGACGCCGCCAUGGGGGAGAAACAGCUGCUGCAGGAGGAGGCUGAAGUCAUGGAGAGACGUCUGAUCGCCGCUGACAAACUCAUCUCCGGCCUGGGCUCUGAGAACGAACGCUGGACGGAAGACCUGGAGGAGCUGAAGCAGCGUCGUGUGCGCCUGCUCGGAGACUGCCUGGUCUGCGCUGCCUUCCUGAGCUAUGAGGGCGCUUUCAGCUGGGAAUUCCGAAACGAGAUGGUGUACGAGGUGUGGCAGCAGGAUGUGCUGAACCGAGGCAUUCCCCUCAGCCAGCCCUUCCGUGUGGAGAGCCUGCUGACUGACGAGGUGGAGAUUAGCAGGUGGGGGUCUGAGGGCCUGCCCCCUGACGAGCUGUCAGUGCAGAACGGGAUCCUAACCACACGAGCCAGCAGAUUCCCUAUGUGCAUUGACCCGCAGCAGCAAGCGCUUAACUGGAUUAAGAAAAAGGAAGAGAAGAACAACCUUAAGAUCUCCUCCUUCAACGACCCAGACUUCCUGAAGCAACUAGAGAUGGCCAUUAAGUAUGGCUUCCCCUUCCUUUUCCAAGAUGUGGACGAGUACAUUGACCCGGUCAUCGACAACGUCCUCGAGAAGAAUGUCAAGGGGGCGGAGGGUCGACAGGUCAUCGUGCUGGGGGACAAGGAGGUGGACUACGACCCCAACUUUAAACUGUACCUCAACACCAAGCUGGCUAACCCCAAGUACUCCCCCUCGGUCUUUGGGAAGGCCAUGGUUAUUAAUUACACCGUGACCCUAAAGGGACUAGAGGACCAGCUGUUGAGUGUGAUUGUGGGCUUUGAGCGCAAGGAGCUGGAGGAGCAGCGGGAGCGCCUGAUCCAGGAGACCAGCGAUAACAAACGCCUGCUGAAGGACCUGGAGGACUCGCUGCUGCGUGAGCUGGCCACCUCCACUGGGAACAUGCUGGACAACGUGGAGCUGGUGCACACACUGGAGGAGACUAAGUCCAAGGCCAGCGAGGUGUUUGAGAAACUGAAGCUGGCGGAGAACACCUCAGUGGACAUAGACAAGCUGCGUGACGGCUACAGGCCAGCGGCUAAGCGGGGUGCAAUCUUGUUCUUCGUGCUGGCAGAGAUGGCCCUGGUUAACACCAUGUAUCAGUACUCUCUGGCCUCCUACCUUGAGGUGUUUGACUUUUCACUGCGCAAGUCCCUGCCUGACUCUGUCCUGAGCAAGAGGCUGAAGAACAUCAUGGACACCCUCACGUACAAUGUGUACAACUAUGGUUGUACAGGUCUGUUUGAAAGGCACAAGCUCCUCUUCUCCUUUAACAUGACAAUCAAGAUGGAACAGCCGGAGGGCAGGGCACCCCAGGAGGAGCUGGACUUCUUCCUAAAGGGAAACCUGUCUCUAGAGAAGAGCCAGAGGAAGAAGCCAUGCGCGUGGCUCCCGGACCAGGGCUGGGAGGACAUUGUGCGGCUGGCAGAGCUCUUCCCAAACGAGUUUGGCACCCUUCCCGAUGACAUUGAGAAUAACAUGGAUGAAUGGAAAACUUGGUACGACCUUGAUGGGCCAGAACAGGUUCCCUUCCCCAUGAAGUACAAGGAGAACCUGACGACGUUCCAGAAGCUUCUGCUGCUGCGCUGCUUCCGCCUGGACCGUGUGUACCGAGCUGUCACGGACUACGUAGCCGUCACUAUAGGAGAGAAAUAUGUGCAGCCCCCAGUGAUCAGUUUUGAGGCGAUCUUCGAGCAGAGCACGCCCAACUCUCCCAUCGUCUUCAUCCUAAGCCCUGGUUCUGACCCUGCCGGUGACCUCAUGAAGUUGGCUGAGAGAUCAGGCUUCGGGGGCAGCCGGCUCAAGUUCUUGGCCAUGGGGCAAGGACAGGAAAAUGUGGCACUGCAGCUACUAGACACAGCAGUGUCACGGGGUCAUUGGCUGAUGCUUCAGAACUGCCACCUGCUGGUGAAGUGGCUGAAGGAUCUUGAGAAAGCCCUGGAAAGGAUCACCAAGCCCCACCCUGACUUCCGCCUGUGGCUCACCACUGACCCCAUCAAAGAUUUCCCCAUUGGCAUCCUGCAAAAGUCCCUCAAGGUAGUGACAGAGCCCCCCAAUGGGCUGAAGCUCAACAUGCGGGCCACUUAUUUCAAGAUCUCCCACCAUGCGCUGACAAGCUGCCCACAUUCAGCUUUCCGCAGCCUCGUCUACGUGUUGGCCUUCUUCCAUGCUGUGGUGCAAGAGCGCAGAAAGUAUGGCAAAAUCGGAUGGAACGUGCCCUACGACUUCAACGAGUCUGACUUCCAGGUUUGCAUGGAGAUUCUGGACACCUAUUUGACCAAAGCCUAUACACAAGGAGAUGACAAGAUCCCCUGGGGGAGUCUUAAGUACCUCAUUGGAGAGGUCAUGUACGGGGGCAGGGCCAUCGACAGUUUCGAUCGCAGGAUCCUGACAGUUUACAUGGAUGAGUACCUGGGAGACUUCCUCUUUGACACCUUCCAGCCCUUCCACUUCUUCAACAAUAAGGAGGUGGACUACAAGGUCCCCUCUGAUGGACCCAAGGACACCUAUGUUGGGGAGAUCGAGAGCCUGCCGCUGGCCAACACUCCGGAGGUGUUUGGCCUACACCCUAACGCUGAGAUUGGAUACUACACGCAGGCAGCCCGUGACAUGUGGACGCACCUAAUCGAGCUGCAGCCCCAGACUGGCGAGUCUGGUGCGGGCAUCAGCCGAGACGAGUACAUCAGCCAGGUGGCCAGGGACAUCCAGAACAAACUGCCCUCGCUGUUUGACCUGGACGCAAUUCGCAAGGACAUGGGGCUGGAUAUCUCGCCCACCUCAGUGGUGCUGCUGCAAGAGCUGGAGCGCUUCAACAAGCUGGUGGUGCGGAUGGGCCGCUCACUGGCAGAGCUACAGAGGGCUUUGGCAGGUGAGGUGGGCAUGAGCAGUGAGCUGGAUGAGGUGGCACGUGCCCUCUUCAAUGGACAGAUCCCAGCCAUUUGGAGAAAGCUGGCGCCUGACACCCUCAAGUCCCUGGGCAACUGGAUGAUCCACUUCAAGAGGAGGUUCGACCAGUACAACUCCUGGGUGAAUGAGGGCGAGCCCACUGUGAUGUGGCUGUCAGGGCUGCACAUCCCAGAGUCAUACCUGACAGCGCUGGUUCAGGCCACCUGCAGGAAGAAUGGCUGGCCCCUGGACCGCUCCACUCUUUACACACAGGUGACCCAAUACAGCACAGAGGAGGAGGUCAACGAGAAGCCCGGACAGGGCUGUUUUGUGUCCGGACUGUACCUGGAGGGGGCAGACUGGGAUUUGGAGAAUGGCUGCCUGGUGCGCAGCAAACCCAAAGUACUAGUGGUCCAGCUGCCAAUCCUCAAGGUCAUUCCAAUCGAGGCGCAUCGACUCAAACUGCAGAAUACUCUGCGGACACCAGUGUACACCACCUCCAUGAGGAGGAACGCCAUGGGGGUUGGCCUCGUAUUUGAAGCAGACCUCUUCACUACCAAGCACAUCUCUCACUGGGUGCUGCAGGGUGUCUGUCUGUGUCUCAACGUCGACUGA